UUAUCAGCUGUUUACCGGCAAACUAUAUAUUCAUAUUCUUCCAAUUCGAUUUUUUAAAAUUUUUAACUUAAACAUGCAACGUUUUGUGAAGAUAUUUGGCCAGCAAACAUGCAAGGUAAUCGGCAUGAUACACGUGGAUGCCCUGCCAGGAACACCCCGAUACACCGGCAACUGGAAGCAGACUAUUGAAAAAGCCAUCUACGAGGCCAAUCUGUACAAGAAACACCAAUUGGAUGCUGUGCUCAUAGAGAAUAUGCACGAUAUUCCCUACAUUCCCGAACGUCUCCUGGGACCUGAGAUAGUGGCCUGCAUGACACGACUGGGACAGGCAGUACGAGAGGUGAUACCCAAAGAGACACCUUGCGGCGUCCAGGUGCUUGCCUGCGGGAACAAGCAGGCGCUGGCGAUUGCCAAGGCCAGCCAGCUGCAGUUUAUACGCAGCGAGGGCUUCGUCUUCGGUCAUGUAGCGGAUGAAGGCUACACGGACGCCUGUGCGGGCGACUUGCUGCGCUACCGCAAGCUGAUUGAUGCCGAGGAUGUGCUGAUUUUUACGGAUCUCAAGAAGAAACACAGCUCCCACGCCAUAACAGCGGAUGUCAGUCUCCUGGAAACAGCCCAUGCAGCCGAAUUCUUCCUCACCGAUGGCAUUAUCAUCACAGGAACAGCCACGGGACAUGCAGCCAGUCCGGAAGAUCUCCAGCAGCUAUCCGGCCGGGUUAAGGUUCCUCUGCUAAUCGGUUCUGGCGUGACCAAGGAGAACAUUGCUAGUUACUACAAGCAGGCCCAAGCUGUUAUAAUAGGAUCUCAUUUCAAGCGGAAUGGUAGCUGGCUGGAAGAGAUCAGUGAGCAGGCCGUCGAGGAUUUCAUGCGCCAAAUCCGCGAGCUGCGACAAGGCUUCGAGUAAUGUGAAUUGUAAAUUUGUUUUAUUAUAUUUGUAAAUGAUUUUUUAAAUAAUCGAUGUAUGUUUGAAGUCAUCUAAUACUAGAAUAGAUUGGCAAAGAAAUCA